UUCUGGGAUUGGGGGGAUGGGGAGGCGAGGAGGGGGUCCCUUAACCCCCCUCACCCUCCCUUUUUGCCAUGUCUGGAUUAUGAGCGCCGCCCCAGAAGGGGUAGAAGGAAUGCUUGGGGCUAGGGCAUACCCUGGAGGGCCGAAACUGGAGAGGCAGAGAGACGUCGCUAGGGACUCAGACUCCAUUCAGUCCAGCCCUCCUGGGCCCACUGGCCCGGUUCGUCAUACCCUAUACAACGCCCUUUCUACUCCAAGCUAUCCCCGAGAGACCUCUCUGCCUCGCUUUCUUACUGACUUGGGUUGCUCCUCUCCGGGAUACCUUGCUGCACCUCCCUACUUGGGCGGGGGUGUGGAGCUGUAUUCACCCUAUAUCUUAGGCCGCUAUGCCCGCAAGGAAACCGACCAGGGGCCAAGUGAGCGAAAUUCCUUGGACCCUUGGGGAGACUGUCAAACUUUUGAAUGGAUGAAAACCAAGAGGAGUACGUCCAGAGCAGAUAAAGAAAACAAUUCACCCUACGGCGGAAGGGAGAGUCGGGGGAGGAGAACCUAUUGGCAGCUAAUGAGGCUGUGGCCCUGGCCCGCAGCGAAGCCUGGAGGGGACAGCAAUUCUGGGGAGCCCGAGGCAGCAGCAGCAGCAGCAGCGACGGGCAGUCCCUGGACCAGCUUCUCUACCGAACAACUGACUGAGCUGGAGAAGGAGUUUCACCUGCAGCAUUAUCUGCCCAGGGCUCGCCGAGCAGAAAUGGCAUCUGCACUUCAGCUUAGCGAGACUCAGGUCAAGAUCUGGUUCCAGAACCGGAGGAUGAAGCAAAAGAAGAGGGAAAAGGAGGGGCUGGGUGGGGACUGGGUUCCCUCCGAUGCCCCUUCCCUGGUUUACUUAGCCAACACAGUGCCCCUCACUCCCACUCGAUGACACUCUUAAGCACCCCUACCCACUCCUACUGGUGAUUUGGGUAGCUAAGACAAGUAGCAUGUUUGUGUGUGCAGAGUAGGGCUCUCUGAGCCUCAAUGGGCUGGGAAACCGGGAUGGCCCUGGCUUGUGUUUUUAAAAUCUGACCAAGACUGGUUGGGGAGGUAGGGAUAGACUUACCAAGUUGCUGAAAUUCAUAUACCCCUGAAACAAAUAAUUCUCCCAGCCUCCUGACACCAUACCCUUCAAAAUUAAGGUGUUUCUGAUACCAUAGAAUCCAAUAGUUUUGUAUCUGGUUCAGGUGGAACUAUUUUUAAAAUCCUGAAGAAUACAAGAAGGUGUGUGUGCAGUGAGGGCGAGGGGUGUGGAUGGGGAAUAGAAGUGAGAACCUUGUAGUUAAUGGAGGAAAGGAAAAUCUCUAAUCUAGGUAUAUAUCUGUAUUCCACUUAACACACACUUAUUUGCAGCAUGGCUUUCCAUUCAGCCUCUCCAAAUGUAUAAUAAAUACCUACACAAUACUCUACAAUACACUAUUAUACAAUAUUAUUUACUGGAUAUCCAGUCAUCUCCCUGCAGAAUGUAUUUUCUGUGAAUUGUCCACCUUUUUCCUAGAUUCCUUAAGUCAAUUUAGGCUCUGGGUGACUGCUUUCCAACUAAGUCCUAGGAUCCUGAGCAGCCCAUCACAGCCCCCAGCCUGGGUCCCACCAUCAAAGCUAAUCACUUCCACUGGGACCAUGAGUCUUCAGGGUAGUGAGACCCUAGAUCCUGUGGGACCACACUAGGAUGGUGAACCAGUGCCAGAAAAUGCCAGUGCUUAUUAUGAUGCAUGAUUUAUCAGGGGCCCUCUCUUGUGCUGACCAUCCCCAUGCUUACCUUCUACAUUCCCAGAACUGUCCAGGCUCCAGCACUCCCUCCCCGAAACCUCCUCUCCCCACUCCAGCUACUCUAGCUGCCUAAGCUUUCUAAGAAAGAACUUGUUUACUCACUCAUAAAUAACCUCAUCACCCAACCCCAAACUAGAGCCCCAUUAUUUAUUUUCAUGUUCCAAGAGGCUUUUCUAUGUGGCCUCUGGGCAGGAUGAAACAGACGCUGCCUAUUAACAAUUAAUUACACAGACUGCAAAUAUUGGGAUUUGGAGAGAGCCUACUGGAAAUUGAAAGCUCUGGUAAUCACGAGCAGGGUGAAUAGGACUGUUUGUUGUAAUCAUUGUCAUUACGCUUGCUUCUGUGUCACCUUUUUAUCUCAUCUCUGCUCCUCAGUUUAGCCCAGGAAAUCCUUCUCCAUCAUAACCUAGCCAAUGUAGGCUAUUACACAUAUGGCUCAUCCACAGUAGUACCCAGAGUGCUAUGUCUAGUACAGUUGGGACACUGUACUAUAUCUAGGGCUCAGCAGGGACUUGAAGGCAGACAGCCAUGCCAGUGGACUUAUUUCCACAUUUCAGAUGCAUUUCAUGGACCCUUUUUCUUGAAAAUGGACAGACAAAUCAAUUCACUGCUUUGAAAACCAUUCCCAGGGAAAUAUUAUAUGUAGCAGGGAAGAUGGUUAUCCACAGGUCUGAACCAGAGCUCAAACAUCCCAGUAUCCAUGCUAUACUGUUAGGAGUUCCCUCCCUAUUCCUAUUUGAAGAUCUGGGAACCUGCCUUAAAAUUCCCUGCUGAGGGUGACUCCAAACCCAAAUCAAGACAAAGCAGGCAACUUCAUCUUUGAUUUUGGAGAUCAGAAUACAGUGGUGUUUAUUCCCCACCCCUAGCUGAAUCCCUGCCCCUUGGUGCUGCUAAUAGAAUGGAAUGGUGAUCUCCUAACUCUGGAAUAUGGGCCAGGAACAAAUUCAAAUCCUCUACAAGGAAAAGGACAAAAGCCCUUGCAUUCCAACCUGGCCAUUGAUCUGUUUUGAAGGACCUUAGGAGUCAAAAUUGCAGCCAUAAUUUCCUAAUUGGUCUAAAAUAGGCAUUUCAUAUUUGGGCCAAACCCCUGGUUUCUCAUGGUGAGAGGUGAAGAGCAAUGUUUAAAAAGAUUUCUCAACCUCCUCACCUAGGUCAAACCGGUAGAGAUUCGAGAGUGAAAGACUAGGGAUUUUCAAAAUAUAGAAAUCAUGUCUACCUCUGUUGUUUUUUUUUUA